AACAUAAAAAAGAAUAGGCCAUAAAAGAUUCUAGCUUAGCUUCUCUGAUCUCUCGCCCUCCCCGGUCCCCAUCUCCCUCCCUCCCUCUGAUUCACCACCAAGAUUUCCACUGAUGGGAGAGUUAGUGGUUGAUAAACAUGUUAAAUACAUUUUAUCAGUUGAAAAGAGAAAGGAUAGUUUCGAAUCGGUGGUGUUGGAGCAUUUAAGAAUGAAUGGAGCGUAUUGGGGAUUGGCUACUUUGGAUCUUUUAGGAAAGCUUGAUGCUUUGGAUUCAAAUGAAGUUAUUGAAUGGAUCAUGAAGUGCCAACAUGAGUCUGGUGGAUUUGCUGGUAAUAUUGGGCAUGACCCCCAUAUGCUGUAUACCCUUAGUGCUGUACAAGUUUUGGCCCUUUUUGAUAAGCUAAAUGUUCUGGAUGCUGAUAAAGUUGCAAAUUAUAUUAGUGGGCUGCAAAAUGAAGAUGGAUCGUUUUCUGGGGACGAGUGGGGAGAAGUAGACUCUCGGUUUUCAUAUCUUGCAAUAUGUUGUCUGUCUAUUUUGCAUUGUCUGGAUAAAAUAAACAUGGAGAAGGCAGUGAAUUACAUUGCAAGUUGCAAAAAUGUGGAUGGAGGAUUUGGAUGCACUCCUGGCGGAGAGUCUCAUGCUGGCCAGAUUUUCUGUUGUGUGGGUGCUCUGGCUAUUACGGGGUCUCUGCAUCAUGUUGACAAGGACCUCCUUGGCUGGUGGCUAUGUGAACGCCAAGUCAAAUCUGGAGGUCUAAAUGGUCGCCCUGAGAAACUUCCUGAUGUUUGCUAUUCAUGGUGGGUUCUUUCCAGCCUGAUUAUGAUUGACAGAGUUCAUUGGAUUAACAAGGACAAGCUAGUUAAGUUCAUUUUAAACUGUCAGGAUACAGAAAAUGGAGGAAUUUCAGAUAGACCAGAAGAUGCUGUUGAUGUAUACCAUACAUAUUUUGGAGUAGCUGGGCUUUCGCUUCUUGAAUAUCCAGGAUUGAAAGCCAUAGAUCCAGCUCAUGCUCUACCCGUUGAUGUUGUAAACAGGAUUUUCUUCCAGAAAUAGUUAAGGCAAAAAUCAUUCAACAAGAACAUGCUGAUAUUACUUUCACUGAUCUGUUCACGUCGGAAGUUCUCUUCCAGACGUGCCAACUCCAUUCUCUUGUUAUUGCUAAUAACUCUCGGAUCUUCAAUGGAACCAGUUUGUCAUCAUCUUAAACUUCAUCGCUGGAUGUUUUUCGCUUUAUCUUGUAUAUAACAAGGAAGCGUCACGAAUUGGUUGGAAAUAUGGAAAACUUUAAAGGUUAACAUGGAUGCUUGACAUUUCACUUUAUUUUCUGUCACCCAACCAAUUAAGUGAGCCCACUAAAACAAUUUGGAGGCAUGUAUUUUGAACCAAGACGAUCAUAUUAACUGGCGGCCGCCAUUUACUCUUAGGUUUCACUUUUAUUUUCAUGUCA